UAAUAACUCGUAUCCCUUGGUUGACCUCCAUCCUCCCCUCUUUCUCAACGGCGCAGCCUCUUCUCUCUCCACCACCCCUUACCAACCCGCCGCCGGCGCCUGUAACCCUAAAUUAAUUGAUGUUCGUUCUUCGUUGAUCUACGAAUUCUGACUGGAGGCGGAAGCUUUGCAUUAGAAGAGAGAACAGUAAGCAUAAGGAGCGAUGUCAAAGCACCACUACGAAGAGCUGGGCGUUUGCAGCCGGAAGGCCAAGCGCAAGCGCCCGCACCUUUACUUCGUCAUGAAUGACGGGGACGGAUACUCCAUCCGAAAGGUAGACCUGUCGUCGGACUAUGAUUCAGACGACGACGCCAUACACCAUAAGGAUGGAACGAUCUAUGCCAGGGAGUUGCCCCUGCCACGUGUUCUCAUCCGCUUUCAUGAUUCUUUCAGUGGCGAGUUCUUCACCGCCAUUGGCACCAAGAUCCUAGCAACGGGGAUCGGUUCGCCUAGGCGCGCUGCCCCAGCCUUUGAUGUCCUCUCGCGGACUCUUAGUCUUGGUCCCCGGCCCCAGAUGCGCCCCUGUAGUCCACUCUACAUGCCUGUCGGCUGCAGUCUCGUCUCCUUGGACUUUGGAUCUACCCAGCUUCUUGAUUCUCCCCCACCAGAAAACAUAAGCUGUCAAUGGUCAUGGCAGGAGCUGCCGAAGGCUCCCUUCAAGCACCUUGACGUCACCUGCCAUGCCGAGCAUCCUGAUGGGCACACACUCUUUGUGAGCACCCUGAGUGGAGGCUCCCCCUCUACUUUCACCCUAGAUACUGUCAAUGGCGUUUGGAAGCAACAUAGCAAUUGGGCACUGCCGUUCAAAGGCCACGUGCAUUUUGACCCUGCGCUUGAUGCCUGGGUUGGGUUCCCUGAGGCCAAGGAACACCUAGGCUACCUCUGCUCCUCUAAUGUGGUGACCAUUGACGCUGUGGCCAUCCCUGAUUUUAACGUGGUGUCCAUCCCUGCCCCUGACACUGGCUGUAAGGUCCAACCCAUGGAUUCUGAUGAUGGGGAGUCCAGUGAUGAUGAUUCCAGCGGCGACUUAACGCCAAGGUUGAUGCUUGGCAAGGACAAGAUUUUCUGUGAGGAUCCAGCCGAGCAACACCAUUGUGCUGCCCUCGUCUACAUGGGAGGUAGAAGCAAGUACUGCCUGCUGCAGUGCUUCUCUGUUAUAGAUCAAAAUGGCAUGGAUAAUGACGAUGAGGAUGACCCUUACCAGGUUGAAGUUAAGGAUGAGGACCUACCUCGUCGCCAUAUGCUCCGUUUAACAACAUUCACUCUCAAGUAUGACAUGGACAGGGAACUGAGUACUGCCAAGCGCCGCCGGGUUCGAUGCUACGAGCUGCCUCCUGACGUGGAACAGCUCUUUGGUUGCAUCCAAGCUUUCUGGAUAUAAAGCAAGCCAUGAUAUGCUGCUGGGUUCUGUGCUAUGAGCUACUUCCUGAUGCAGAAUUACUUUUCGAUGAUAUCCAAAUCUUCUGGAUGUAAAACAAGGCAUAGUAUCUUUCUGUAUGACUUAACUUUGUCAUAUCUAUGACGAAAUUGAGUCAACUAAUUUGGGACGAAUAUUAUUCUCAAAUAAAGUAUGCAGCAGUACAUGCUGCCCUGGUGCUUCAUGUAUUUCUUGAUACAGAUUAGAAUCAUCAUCACUUAUGAACUUUGUAGAGGUCCAUGGUACCUGUAUUUAAUCUUACUUAAUACUUAUAUUAUGUAUUAUUAUAUGAACUCUGUACAAACUCAUGUUACUAUCACCAGCGCUGAUGUUGCACUGCA